GGUCACUGCAGCAUCUUCUGUCAUCUCUGUGGCCUGGAUGAGUCCCAGCAUCGUUGCCUCAGGAAUUGUGGUCAAGGAGUACAAGGUGGAGUACAGAACGGUGGAGGCUGGAAUUGGAAAAGACCAAUGGACUGAAAAAAGGACUGGGAGAAAAACAGAAUUUUAUCCCAUUGAAGAAUUGAAGCCCCAGAUGAUGUAUAGAGUACAGGUGUCAGCUGUGUGUGAUAAUGGAGCUUUGAGUGUCCCCAGUGAGGAGGUGGAGGUCUCCACAUCACUGGAGGAAGAAAAUGCAGACAAUGUAGCCACCCAGUUCCUUCAGGAAAGCUCCCUGGUGGAGGACAGACAUCCAUUAGUGUUCACUCUUCCUUUGAAGGAAGUCUCCUUAGAUGCUUCCACCUCCUGUCUCAUGUACCAGCUUGGAAAGGAGAACCUGGAAGUGCCCAACAAAGUGAUCCUGGUCAUGGGAGAAACAGGAUGUGGGAAAACCACUCUGAUCAAUGGGAUGAUCAAUUAUAUCCUGGGUGUCCAGUGGGAAGAUAAUUUUAGAUUCAAACUCAUUCAUGAAACCUCCCAGAGAAGAGAAGCUGGAAGUAGGAAGUCUGAAGUCAGAGCCUACAUGGUGAACCAUCAGAAGGGCUUCCGAAUUCCCUAUUCUCUCACCAUCAUUGACACGCCAGGAUUUGGAGGCACAAGAGACGCAGAGCAAGAAAAACUGGUGGAGAAGCAGCUCCUGGAGUUUUUCUCCACUCCAGGGGGCAUUGACCAUGUGGAUGCCAUCUGCUUCAUGGCCCAGGUCUUCCUUGCCCAUUCAACUCACAUCCAGAAAUGUGUCUUUGAUUCCAUGCUCUCCAUGUUGGGAAAAGAUGUGAAGGAUAACAUUCAACUCCUGUUUACCUUUUCAGAUGGGGGGACCCCACCUGUCCUGGAGGCCCUCGAGGAGGCCAACCUGCCAUGUGCUCAGGAUGAGUCAGGAACCCCUCUGCACUUCAGAUUCAUGCUGCAAUCUUUGCUAACCCAGAAAAUGGAGGAAGCCGUAAUGUUGCUUCUGAAAUGGUCUGGAAAAUGAGCACUGAGAGCAUGAAGAAUUUCUUUGACUCAUUAAAGAUGGUGGAGACCAAAAGCUUAACCUUGACCAUGGAGGUCCUCAAGGAACGUCAGGAGCUGGAAGCUGCUCUUAGAAGACCUCCCCCUCCUAAGGUUGAGCAGGUGCAUCCAAAUAGUUUGCAGAUCAGUAUUGAUCCAGUAGCCAUUGGGAAGGCUUCCGUCUCCAAGUUCCAGGUGGAAUAUCAGAUUGCAGGAGAUAAGACGUGGAGAAGUAUCCAUACAGAACAUCCCAAGAAUCAGUUCACCUUAGAAGAGGUUCUCCUAGAUAUUGAAUGCAAAUUCCGAUGUGCUGCUGUGACUCAACUGGGGCUCAGUCAAGGAAGGAUCCCUGGAGGACCACGGAGCUGAAGCAAAGGAAGAAGCCGAACUGUGGCUGAUCCUGGUUAGGAAAUCCGGAGGCGGGGAGAGUGCCACGGGCAACACCAUCCUUGGCCAGAGGGAGUUCAUCUCGGAAGCAAAGACCCCCACCCUGAGGUGCCAAAGGGGGCAGGGAAGUUGGAAGGGGAGGAAGAUUUCUGUGAUCGACACACCAGCCUUUUCUGAUUCCAAACAGAUGGAGAAAUCACUGGAAAUGGAGAUGCAAAACUGCCUUGCAUCAGGUCUCCAUGCCUUCAUUUUGGUGACCCAGAUGGGCCACUUCACCACAGAAGAUGUGGCUACUGCAAAGCGUGUCCAGAAAAUCUUUGGGGCCGAGUCUGCCAGGCACACGAUCAUCCUCUUCACCUGCAAGGAAGAUUUGGGAAAGGAUUCCCUGGUGGAGUGUGUCAAAGAAUCCAACAUCAGGAAUCUGUGUGAUCUGAUUAAGCAGUGCAACCAUUGCUUCUGCGAUUGUAACAACAAGGCCGAGGCAGGCGAGCGGGAGAAGCAGGUCUCUGAACUGAGGGAGAUGGUUGAUAAGAUAGUCGAGGAGAAUGGAGGGGAACCUUAUUUCAUCCCACAAGGUUCAGAAAAAACAAAUUUGUUAUCAAAUUUGUUAUCAAAAUUGUUUUCUUUUUGGGGAAGAAAUCAAAAGUAAACAUUGAGAUAGAUUGUUUUGGGAGUAGUUCCUCAGCUUUUUGGAUGACCCUUCUUCCGAAGGAACAGCGUUCCCAGAUCUGGACGCAUAGGAAGGAGUACAGCCACACAUUCAAUUUUCAAGAAGCUGAAGUUAUUGCCCACAAUAGGACUGAAGGAGGAAGGAAGCCUACUAAAAGAAGCCUGGUUCUCCAAUGACAAUCCCAUCAAUAGGCAUAUUGAACUGCCACUGGGCUACCAGGCGUUGAGACACCUGGGGAGACCCUGCAGGAUGAGCAGAGACGGAGCAGAGACCGAUGACCCCCCCCCCACACGCACCCCUGAGUGUGCAGACUCAGCCUGUGGAGGAGGCAUCGUCAGCCCUGACCAAAGACAGAACCGGGCAGGGCUAUCUCAAACCACCACAGAUAGGAUUAAUGAGAAGCAAGGAAGGGGGGGGGGAACCACAAGGUCACAGAUAAGACAGCAAAUUGUGAAGGUUGACAGGCUCACAUCAUCCCCCACAGACAAGCAGGCCAGGAGGGAGGAAACGGUAGGAAUUAAGCCUCCAUCAACCAGCAUGAGGACAGCCAAAACAACCCAGCUGAUUACAAGUGGGAGGCGGCUGGAGGGGCCUAUUACUGGCGCAAAGGCCAAAUUGAUUAAUGGCAUAGAAAGGCAGAGAUCACUAAAAGGGUAGUUUAAUACUCUGACAAUGUCAGCAGACGGCUGACAAAAGCUUAGUAGAAUAAAAUUUUAAUUAUUAUAAUAUAUACGGAGUUAUCUCUGUGCUCUCCUGCCCAUGUGGUUGUGUGAAUCCACCCACCUGGGCUGUGGAGGGGGGAAUGGAGGCUGACACACAAAAUAAGGCAACUCCAUGAGAGGAAACGAUUUAUUACGAAGCAUGGAAUAGAUGGUACAAGUGGUUGGAGAAAGAAUCUGAAGUGAAUGUAUAAAUGUAUAAACGUAAGAGAAAAUAUUAUAGAGGAACGAAAUAGUUACUAUGUAAUAGAUAGGUAUAAAUUGUAAUGAAUAUAGGAAUUAAUAAGUAGUAUAUAAAAUGUGUGUAUAUAUAGUUGGUUAAAAGAUAAAACAGAUAUUACCAAAGAUGCUGGUAUUGGAAAGCUGUAAAAAUGUAACAAAGAUGUUAAAGAUGUAAAUGCUGAAUAAAAAUUAUUUUUUAAAAAAUAAAAAAAUAAGGCAACUCAAAAACCUGGAGCUCCCAACUCAGAGGUGACCAGCAAUCAAGCAAACGUGGCGCUCUGGCCUUCCUACCUCUGGCCAGCAAGAGCAGAGCAGGCAGGGC